AUGUCUAAAGGAUUGAUCUUCAUCACCGGAGCCACCGGCUUUAUUGGCAGUGCCACAGCCGCGGAAGCACUCAAGGCUGGCUAUCAAUUGCGAAUUUGUCUUCGCAAGCCCUCUGAGCACCUGCAAUCUGUCCUCUCCGAAUACAAAAAUCAAAUUGAAUUUGUUACCGUUCCAGAUCUCACCAGUGAAACGGCAUUCGACGACAAGCUGAAUGGCGUGGACUAUGUCCUCCAUCUGGCAUCGCCCCUUACUCAUGGAACCAACAAGGAGACUUACUUCAUCCCGGCCGUGAAAGCUACGACUCUCUUGCUGAAGGCAGCAGCCAAGGUUCCCAGCAUCAAGAAAGUCGUGGUGACAUCCUCUAUCGCUGCUCUCAUUCCCAUGACCGGUAUUCCCGCUGGGGGAGUAAUCAAAGAGGACAAUGACUGGGACUUCUCAGUGGAUGAGAACGGAUCAUUUGAAGAUCCCCAAGACCCAGCUGGAACGCCCAUGCGUUUAUACCGGGCUUCAAAGCUCCUUGCCAACAACGCAACCUGGGACUUCUGGGCAACAACCAAACCACACUACGCAUUGGUGACGCUGCACCCAGCAUUUGUAUUUGGCCACAACCUUAUGCAAACUUCAGCCGAGGAAGUUGCAACAGGAUCCAACGGCCUUCUAUGGAGUCUGGUCAUGCAAGGUAACCCCGCUGGAAGCAAUGGUGUGCACAUUCAGGAUGUUGCCGAAGCGCAUAUCAAAGUGCUGGACCCGGAGAUUCCUGAUGGUUCGAAGUAUCUGUUGGCUGGACCAAUGGCGACUGGAUCUGAGAUUGCAAGCAUUGUCAAGAAAUUGUAUCCUGAUUCUGGGGCCAAAAUCACUGAGGAUAUUCAGCUUUCUCCGAUGCCAGUCGAUACUGCUAAGGCGGAAGCAGAGCUUGGGAUCCAAUGGCGUUCAUGGGAGGCGAUGGUUAAGGAGGUGAUGGAUCAGCAGCUUGGAUUUUAUCAUAAAUUGUAG